CCCCGCCAGCACUCAAUGACCCACUAUGCGGACAUGAUCCGACUGUUUGGUGCGCCGAACGGAUUGUGCUCGUUGAUCACGGAAUCCAAGCACAUUAAGGCUGUGAAACAACCUUGGAGGUGGUCUAGCAAGCAUAACACCAUUGGCCAAAUGCUUUUGGCUAACCAACGCCUCGACAAACUCGCAGCAUCUCGUGUAGACUUCACUACUCGUGGGAUGCUCGUUGGCUCUGUAUUAUCA